AUGGCUUCGUUUGAAGAAAAUGGAAGUUCCCCGCGCACAAGCAGCGAUUUCCAAGAGGUAGAAAUGCAAGAAAGGGACGGGCUUGCCAAAGAACAGGAACAACGCCUGCUUCCAGACGAGGAUAUAGAGGCGACGGGGGAUGUGGAAUACAAGGUGGAAUGGCAUUUGCGCACGGGUUGGGCCGUAUUUGGUUCCAUUGUAACCGCUGCUCUUGUCUUUGUUGGGUUGGUUCUGUUCACCAGACAUUUCAUCGUGGACAACAACCUGAGCGAUGAGGAUGACAUGGGGAUGGCCGGUGCUACAGGCUUUCGACGACCGCCGACUGAUUAUAUUCUCGAUCCCGCAUGGGACUUUGAAGCGCCCCGAAAGGUCAGAGAAUAUAAGUGGACGAUCACAGACAUUGUGGGAAACCCCGAUGGCGUCUUCAGACCUAUGCUCGCCAUCAACGGUCAAUUUCCUGGGCCCAUGAUUGAGUGCAACGAGGGAGACACUGUUUCCAUUGAGGUAGAUAAUCGAAGCCUCAAUGCAACUUCUCUACAUUUCCAUGGAAUCUAUCAAAAUGGGACAAACUGGAUGGAUGGUGUACCUGGUGUCACGCAGUGUCCAAUUGCGCCGAAAAGAAAGUUUCGAUAUUAUUUUACUGUCACCGGACAGUCGGGCACGUAUUAUUAUCAUGGACAUCAGGCAGCGCAAGCUUCGGAUGGACUUUACGGGCCAUUGGUAAUUCAUUCGAGGGAUGAAAAGAAACUACAACAAAUCCCAUACGCCACGGACCGAGUUCUAAUGCUUCAGGACUACUACCAUGACCUCAGCAGCGGUCUCCUCGUGAGCGCCUUGGAGCCCGGCAGCGAGUCCUCCCCAAUCCCGAAUGGGGCGCUGGUCAACGGACUUAAUCAACGCGAUUGCUCUGAACUUCGACAUAGAAUGUGUGAUAAUUCAACUUGCACUCUUCCAUCCUUUGACUUGGCCGCCAAUGCAAAUCAUCGUCUACGAGUUAUCAAUGUUGGCGCUUUUGCUUGGUUCCAAGUGUCAGUCGAUGAACAUCAGUUUGCCAUAACUGAAACCGACGGCACAGACAUCAUACCUUCCUAUGAUACGCGGUUGAUGAUUAGUCCAGCGCAAAGAUACAGCUUGAUAUUACAUACGAAUCAAACUUCGGGGCCGUCGUUCUGGCUUCGGGCAAAGAUGGUCAGCCAUUGCUGGAAAGAGCCUGAACUUCCAGGUCCGGGGGCUGAUGAGGUCAAGGCCAUCAUCCACUACGCUUCUCCUGGCCGAAAGAAAGCUGCCAAAAAUAUUAUGGUUCAACCAGCUUCAAGAAACUGGAGUGAGGGAAUGGAAGUCCAAUGCAAAGAUAUGAACACAACUUCAUACGUGCCUGCGAAGCACGAGCCAGCGCCAGCAUACGCUGAUCAUAGCUACUAUCUCCGUUCCAAUCUUGAAAUUGGGGAUUGGCGCCUGGAGCGGGGUUUCUUUAAUACCUCGACUUUCCGCCCGAACCUUCAACAACCAACAUUGCACCGGUCAGUGGAGGGCCUAGGUAGCCAGAACCAAACCUUCGCAACUACGAGCAGUUUAAAUGGUGUCAAUGCAGUUGCAUAUGACCUAAAGAACGACUUUUUGAUCCAACAUACCGGUAUCAAAACCGUAGAUCUCAUAAUCCAGAAUUUCGACGAAGGAAACCACCCCAUGCAUUUGCACGGCCACAAAUUCUGGAUUCUGGGUCAAGGCCACGGCAUGUUCCCUGGAUACGAAUCUCUGGGAUUGAAGCCUGAGGGCAAAGGCACUCUGGAUGGGCAUGAAAAUAAAUUGGAUCGUAAGCUCCGGAGAGACGUUGCGACCGCGGAGGGUUUCGGUUGGCUGGCGUUGAGAUUCGUGGCCGAUAACCCCGGAGUUUGGGCCUUCCACUGCCAUAUGGCCUGGCAUUCAGAAGCUGGGCUGAGCAUGCAGUUCUUGAGCCGGGUUGAUCAAGUGGCACAAUGGCAGAUACCAGAGGCCAACCGCGAAUUGUGCUCAGCCAAUAUGGAAGAGUUGGAGAAAGGCGCAGUCCCCAAGGACAGUGACUGGUAUGGAUUUGGGAUCGGGGGUUGA